AAUAAAUACACCUGCCUUCUUCUCCAUCUGCCAUUUCAAGAUUUCCAAGUUUGCUUCCUUAAAGAUUAGAUAAGAAAAAAAAUCUCAUCAAAAAUGACCAACAAAGUGUGCAAGCUUUUCAUCGGUGGACUCUGUGUGAACACGAACGACGAUGGGCUGCGCAAGCAUUUUGAGCAGUUCGGCACCCUCACUGACUUCGUUGUCCUUCAAAACAAGAAUGCACAACGAUCUCGCUGUUUUGGCUUUGUGACCUACUCUACACCAGAGGAGGCCAACGCAGCCAUGGCAGCAGCCCCGCACACAGUGGAAGGGAACAGUGUUGAAGUUAAACGAGCUAUUCCAAAAGCAAAGGACAAUAAGUCUGAAGCUUUUGCCAAGGGGGAGAAAAUCUUUGUUGGUGGCUUAAGAAAUGACAUUAAAGAGUCUCACCUCACCGACUACUUCUCUUGGUAUGGUCAAGUCGAAAAGUCUGAAAUCCUCUUAGAGAAGGAGACAGGGAAAAAAAGAGGAUUCGGCUUUGUGCACUUCACGCAUCACAAUUCGGCAGACUUGGCCUUGGUUGUAAAGUACCACACAGUGAAUGGACACUUAGUUGAAGUGAAGAAAGCUGUUGCCAAGCAAGAGAUGCAGGCAGGUAACCGAACGGAAACAACAACAAGACACAGGCCAGGCCCGGGAAUGAUGGAAAACCAAACUGGAUACGGCGGCUUCGGCUUUGGGACCUACUAUACACCGGAGGAGACCAACACAGCCAUGGCAGCAGCGCCGCACACAGUCCAAAGGAACAGUGUCAAAGUUAAAGUAGCUGUUCCUAAAAGAAAGGCCAAUGGGUCUGCAGCUCCUGCCAAGGGAGAGAAAAUCUUUGUUGGUGGCUUGAAAAACAACAUUGAAGAGUAUCACCUCACCGACUACUUUUCUCGGUACGGUCAAGUCGAAAAGUCUGAAAUCCUCUUAGAGAAGGAGACUGGAAAAAAAAGAGGAUUCGGCUUUGUGCACUUCACGCAUCACAAAACGGCAGACUUGGCCUUGGUUGAAAAGUACCACACAGUGAAUGGACACUUAGUUGAAGUGAAGAAAGCUGUUGCCAGGCAAGAGAUGCAGGCAGGUAACAGAACUGAAACAACGCCAAGACACAGGCCAGGCCAAUGCAUGAUGGAAAGCCAAAAUGGCUACUGCGGCUUGGCUUAUGGGGAGUGUUGCUGCCCUUGCCACCUCUCCUACUCGAAAAAUGGCAACAGAGGCUAUUCCUACCCACAAAAUCGUUACAGAGGCAGUGGCUAUUCCUACCAGGAAAAUGAGUAAAAGAAGAUUUAGGCAUAGAGGAACCCCCCUUUUAGGAAUCCACACUUGUAGUGUGUGGAUAUAGUGUAGAGUUGGGAUUUAUAUUGUCUCUGCAUUUUAUUUAGUUUUUAGUUUUUAUUUAUGUUAGAAAAUGUAAUGCAUUAUAUUGUGAGUAGGACAUGCAAAAAGAAGAUUUAAACAUACAGGAACCCCCUUUAGGAAUCCACACUAGUAGUGUGUGGAUAUAGUGUGGGGAUGGGAUUUAGAUUUAAUCUUUUUUUCUUAUUAUUAUUAUAUAUUUUUUUAUGUCUGAAACUUUAUGCCUCAUAUCGUGAGUGAAGAUUAUCAAAAAAUGAAUCUAAGAGAUUAAACAACUCUAUCAAAAUUGGACUUUUUUUUGCAUUUUUAUUUUUAAUUUGUUGUUGAAUUUUUAAAAGUAAUUUAGAGUAAUGUAAAAAGCUAAUUAUGUGAGGCUUCACAGUCAUGAAUUUGUAUUUGUGAACAAAAUGUUUUUGAAAUGCAAAUCAAUGUAUUUAUUAUAUAAAAUAAAUUGUUUAAUGUUGUAUUUUUACCUGUCAACCACUUAAGAAAAGAGGACAAGAACAGUUAACCAUGUAUACAAUCAAAAAACAAAUGUUCUAGAGUUUCAACCUCAUUUUCACAGAAAACAUAAACAAACAAAAUAUGUUUAUCACAAGAGGCACUCAGCCAGAGGAAUUUUUGGAUUAGAAUAAAGGAGUUAUUCUCAAUUUGGGAACCACAUUUAUGACUGAAAACGAUCAGGGGAGAUUGUGACCAGGGAAGUAAUACUUAAAACCACGACAAACAGGAAACCUUCCAAAUAAAACAGGAAGCAGAACUUAAAUCGUGACAGAAACCAAAUGGAAGCAAAAACCAAGGCAAAAAACCCAAACCAAGACACAGAAAUUGUUCUUGUGUUCCUUUGUGCAUUAGUGGGUUCUCUCCGGGUGCUCCGGCUUUCCCUAGAUUCUAAAAAAGACUUUUUUCAAAGUAAAUUAGAGGCUAAGAGCACUACUUUCCCUCGUCCUCACCUCUACGCACCACCCACCCUCACUGUUCGCAUCUACGCCCUUCUCUUUAUGUAAGGCUGUCUGACCUGUAUGUGACUGCAUGUGGCUAAAAGUGUUAGCAUUUCAAUCAGCAUCAUUAACUGUCUGAAAAAAAGGUUUGCUAAAGGUGCAGACAUUUUUCCAACUGUGAAAACAAUACGGUCCUUGCAGUCAGUGACUACUACUGCUAAUAAUAAUAUUAAUAAUUAAAGAUUUAAAAUAUAUUAAAUUGAGUUUAUAAUAAAGUAUUAAUAAUAAUACAUUAUGAUAAAAAUGAAAAAAACAAAAACAUCAGUCACCAAAAUGUAUAGAAAAUUAACCAAAUCAAAAACAGUUUCCCCACAGUAAUUGUUAGCAAUUGGCUAGUGACUGAUAAAUAUCCCCUCCCUGAAUCGCCACCUUAUCGUGGUGGAGGGGUUUGCGUGCCCGAAUGAUCCCAGGAGCCGCUAGCUGGUUGGUGUACCACCUCAAACUGGUCCUGGGAGACGGGCCAGACUAAGAGCGAUUCAGACAAAAUCCUUUUCCUUUCUAGAUUUAUUUACUCCCCCCAAUGAGAGUUGCCAGUGCCCCAUCCUGGAGCCAGACUUGUUAGUUUAUGUCUGGUGGCUUUGAAUUGCUCUGGGUCAGUGGACAGCAAGCAUGUUGUCCCAAAGGCCCCCCAACGCAAAGGAACGUCUUCUGUAGUUCCUCUUGUGGCUUUGGUUUGUUGUUGGUGAUAGAUGUUGGGCCAGGCUUCAUCAGGUCCUCAGCACCACAGGAACCUGCAGUGAUCCGGCUGUGGUAACUGUAGACGAACCGCUGCACAGGAUAAAACAGGUAAAUGUCAACAGAGAGGCCUUCCAGCUGAGAGACUCCUUCAUGAUCCACUUUCUUGCAGAGGGAGCAGACCCAUGACACCUCCAGAAUCGUGUUUUCUGUCCUCCAAGGACUGACCCAAAACGGCUCUUUUUAGAGCCACCCACAAAACCUUUAAGAGCUUGAUUCUCUCUUUUUCACUGUUUUUACUCCAAACUUUUAAAGUAAUGCAUUGUAGAAAAGGUAAGAGAUUAAAACAGGUUAAACAGAAUAUUUGGACUUGAGCACAACUGCCCCCUCCUUGUGAAAUCACAAUGGAUUUCCAUCAGAUAUAAAUACGUGCCAAUAACAUCACCUUACUUUUGAUUUUUGACAAGUAAAUAUUUGUUUCGUUAUUCAAUAAAAAAAAAAAACUGCGUUUUUUCGCUUCACAGAGUCAGCACAGUGUUUUGCGACAGUUUUUGCUUACCACACCCACAUUCAUAUGUAGAUACACAAAUAUACACUCAAACACAGACAUAUACACACACACACGCUUACAAACACACAUACAUUACCGGCAGCCCACACCACAAUACACAGGUGGGAUUGGGGAGGGGCGGCCGGUCUUCACUCGCCUGGCCUGGUGUGUUGGGACCCUGUUAUACCAGGUGGUGGCCAGGCAUGCGGUGCUGGGGGGGUCGGUGGCCUGGAGGGGGUUACUGUGUAGCGACAAGGGACGGGGGACGGGGGGGG